AUGGCAAACUCGAAUAUUGCAAAAAUUUUACAUCGGCCUAUUAGAAGUCUAACAUUUCCAAAAAAUAGUAAUAUGGGUAUCUUCGUCGCUCUCGCGGUGCCACUCGAGGAUCCUCUGAGUUCGAUCUCACUAUCUUACUUCUUCGAGGCUAACUACAUUUUACCGCCAAACAUAACAUCUCUCGAGCCUUGGACGGGACUAAAAAGGAGAAAGAGGAAUAUCGAGAGAGCCACAAUUUAUCGAGUUCUGGAAAGUAAAUUUGAGAGUUCCGGGUAUUCCGGAAGGGAGUGUCUGCUGAGAGCAAUCUGCGAAACCUCGGAGUUUCCGCUCCAACACAAUGGGUUGAUCGGUGACAUCAUGCAUGUGAUCUUCACUCCGAGUACUUCGAAACACGAGGGAUUGUCGCGAGAUGUUUUCGAAGCUGAGCUGGUUGGCCGCAAUAGAAACUGCUCCAAGUACCAACCACAGUGUCCAUUGGGACUCUUUGACUUGAUUGGAGUCUUCGCGUGA